UUGGACUCUCACCCAUCCAACAAAUCUGUGGCAUGUGAGUUUUGGCGUACUAGUAGCAUGGAUGCCGACAUGCAGUUUAAUGACAAAAACUCACAAGGGAAGGGCUUUUCGGAUGUCAUAGCCCGGGAGAUCGACAAGUUGAAGGAGACCCUCCUCUCUUCCUUUGCGGAGACCUUUCCAGAGAGGACAGCUGGACAGAGCCAACACACUACUAAAGGUGAGACCACUGCUGCUCAUGAGACAGGCUUUUGCUGCGCUCGUGUCCAAUCAAGAGGUGCUUCCAUCUCCGUGACUCCCGCAGCACAUAGUUCUUGGAGCAAGCCUAUGGAGCCCGAAGUGACAGAGUUGUCAGAGGCAGAAGACCAUUCCCUCAAAGAUCUGGAAGUAUUGCAAGAGCGUGGCUUUGAGGAACACAAAGCACUGUCCUGUUGGGCACGGUUUGCCGCAGCUGCCACCAGUGGAGAGCUGGAAGAUAAGCGACAGUCCAGCAUGCCGUCGGAAUAUUUCAAAAUCCGGCCCAACUGGAGAGCAGGCGAGUACAAAACCGGCACUUCUCGAGUCACGAUAGCAGGUCAUCGUCCACCGCCGAAUCAGCACCAGAUGCGCGUGAAAAGCAUCAUCAUGGACGAAAGCAGCCGAUUCCAAAGGUUCGUGUCCCAUCCUGACCACCUGACGCGGAUGUUUUGGCUCUCUGCAGGCAUGAUGCUGAUCUUCUGGGAUUUGAUCACCAUCCCCCUGGUACUGGCCAACGCUGCCGAAAGUACGCAGGAGUUCUUGGUGACGGUGAGUCAUUUCACGGUCUUUUUCUGGAUCGUUGAUUUGGUCUACAACUUCUUUACUGGCUAUGACACUGGCGCAGGGAUUGAGAUGCGUCCCGGCCGGAUUGCGCGCAAUUACGUGAGCACGUGGCUAAUUCCCGACACAGCGCUGGUCCUUCUUGAGGUGGUGAUCAAGUUGCUUGAGCUCGUUGCAGCCACAGACUCUGAGGACUUGAGCUCUGUGAGGGUUCUACGGGCGGUUCGAAUCCUUCGUUUCCUGCGACUCCUCCGCUUGCAGAGGAUUACUCGCAUUGUUGAGGUCAUUGCAAAGCACUUCACCUCCGUGACCUUUUGGCUCACCCUGAGGAUUGCAUCUUAUUUGUUUUUCAUUCUGGUUGUGAAUCACUACCUGGCCAUUUUCUUCAUGGCCAUUGGAACAGAUGCCUUAAAAGGAGGAGCACCCAAUUGGCUGGAGCGAUAUGGCAUUGCUGACUACACUUUUUGGGAUGUCUAUGCCGUUUCACUUCACUGGAGCUUGACACAGUUUACACCUGCCACCAACAAUAUUGCGCCUGUCAGUGUGCCAGAGAGGCUGUUUUCCAUCGCUGUUGUGCUAGUUGCCCUGGCGCUCUUCUCCUCGUUCUUGAGCUCUAUCACCAAUGCAGUGAAUGCAUUGCGGACGGUGCGUAUGAGUGCCGCUUCCCAAGAGGCACAAAUCAGGCAGUUCUUCAAUGAGCGCAACCUCCCAGCACCCCUUCUUGCGCAGGUGAAGGGCUUCAUUCAACUCCGCAGUGCGGCCAUCCAGCGGAUGCGCGAGAAGGAUGUGAAGGUCCUGCUGGAGUUGCCUGAAGUCUUAAAGCGGAGGCUUCACACAGCGAUGUACUACCAGCAUUUGAUGGAGAUACAGUGGUGGCCAGAGAGUGGCGGAGAAUCACCCCAGGAUUAUGGAGGCAACUCCGAGCUGGUGGAAAGAGUGUGCCACAUUGCUACGACUGAGCUCCUUGCAUCCCCUGCUUCUGAUAUUUUCGUGCCUGAUGAGAAAUGCGCAGGGGCCAUAGUACCCAUCGAUCACGGUUUGGUCUAUACACGCCGGGAAGUCUUCAACAAGCACCGGAGCUGUGCUGGACAUGACAAUGGGGUGGUUUCUUUGGGUCCAUACGAAAUCAUCGCCGACAUCGGUCUAUGGGCAGAGUGGACCUAUCGAGGACACCUAGCAUCAGAGGUCACGAGCCCCUACCUCUUCAUCAAUGCUGAAGCUUUUGCCGAGCUUGCACGGACAAUGGGAGGUGCCGCCUUCAAGUAUCUACAAACUUUCGGCUUGCUGUAUUUGUCUCAUAUCGAGGAUCAAGUGACCUCGGGGCAGCUGAGCGACUUGUGCACGGACCUUGAGACCAUUGCCAUGCUCAAGGAACGUGCAGAGUGCUUCAUGAUGGUGGGCUCGCGCAACAUCCGGUCCUCUGCUGAAUCCAAGGUGUCACUCUCCAAUCUCAUGUCCUGGUCAAGGAAAACUCUGAUGAGAACUCCUUCGCCGCGAUAGGAUGGAGUCACACAAGGAGGUGGCAUUCUCACUCGGGGCAGUCAUUCGAAGAACGUGGGCUUUGAGCUCCAAACCGUUCAGAUGCCAAAAGGCAUCCAUGGACUGACCAUGCGAAAAAAGCAACGGAAGACACCACUUCCCGCAAAAGUGCUUUGGUGGUUGAACUCAGGG